AUGUCGAUUCCUCCUGAUGGUCGAGGUGUUGACUUCACCAAAGACUUUGAACAACAGGAUAUGAAGUAUGACUCCACUGGCAUGUUUCACUGGUGCCCUGCAAGGAAUUUGGAUGAAUGUGUGCUUGAAAGGCACCAAGCUGCUAUGACGGUACUUAACGGCCAUGUUGUCGUCUGCCUGUUCGCUGAUCGAGACUCACCAUUAAUUGGGUUAAGAAACUUCAUCAUGCCUCUGAGAGCUUCCAACUUCCACUACCAUGAGCUGAAACACGUCGUGAUCGUUGGUGACCUGGAUUAUCUAAGAAAGGAGUGGAAAACUCUUUACAACCUUCCUAAGAUCUCCAUUCUCAAUGGCUCUCCGCUAUCACGUGCUGAUCUACGUGCAGUUAAUAUCAACCUUUGCGAUAUGUGCGUGAUCAUAUCUGCUCGAGUGCCGAACACCGAAGACACGACUCUUGCUGAUAAGGAAGCUAUCUUAGCGUCAUUGAAUAUCAAAGCCAUGCAGGUAGGCCAUUUGGCUUUAGCUACUUUCCGAAUUUAUGCGGAUUGCGAUAUGAAUGAGAACUUCCUGCAUACAGUAUUGAUUGCUGGAAGAGCAUUCUCUUAA